UGAAAGAGGCGGUAGUUCUGUUUCCCCAAAUGCAGUGGGGACACUUGGUUCCCAUAGUAGAGCUAAGCAAGCUUAUACUGUCCCUCCGACCUUCUCUUUCAAUCACCAUCCUCCUCCCUUCACCACCCAACCCCUCUAUUGCCGAUUAUGUCGCCGCCAUCUCUACCUCCGUUGAUCCUCACAUCGUCUUCGAACAACUCCCUCCCGUGUCUCCUCCUCUUCCUUCUACGCCGCCUAAGGAAAUCUUGGAGAUUCUUCGCCUUAACAGCCCCAAUCUCCACCAAGCUCUUAUUUCCAUCUCUAAAACUCAUGCCAUUAUCGCAUUUAUUGUAGAUUUCUUUGCUUCUGAAGCUAUCUCUGUUUCUCUUCAACUCAACAUUCCUACCUAUUACUUCUUCACCACUAGUGCCAGCAACCUCGUUACCUUCCUCUACCUCCCAACCAUCCACCGGACCACCGAUAAGAGCCUCAAAGAAAUCGAUACCCAUCUCAAUAUUCCUGGCCUUCCACCGAUAGCCGGCGAGGACAUGCCUGAACCAGUGCUUGAACGGAAUGAUUUCGCUUACGAAGAAUUCUUGAAAUGCUCGGUUCUAGCACGCAAAACAGCUGGUAUUAUUGUUAACACAUUUGAAGCUCUGGAAGACAAGUAUCUCGGGGCAAUUUUUGAUGGGUUUUGUAUACUGGAUGGUCCAACGCCGCCCAUUUAUCCGGUGGGUCCUUUGAUUUCUCGUGAUAAAGGAAAAGUUGCAGAGCAUGAAUGUCUUAAGUGGCUAGAUUCACAGCCUCAGAGAAGCGUCGUGUUUUUGUCUUUCGGGAGUUUGGGAUUGUUUUCAAGAGAGCAAUUGCAUGAAAUAGCUCGUGGAUUAGAGGGGAGUGGCCAGAGAUUCUUGUGGGUAGUGAGGAAUCCACCGUCGGAAAAAACCCAGAGUGUCGCAGUAUCGUCGCAGGUUGACCCAGAUCUGGUUUUCUUGCUUCCGGAGGGUUUCAUGGAUCGGACAAGAGGAAGAGGUAUGGUGGUGAAGAAAUGGGCACCGCAGGUUGAGGUACUGAAUCACGGGUCGGUGGGCGGGUUCGUGACCCACUGCGGGUGGAACUCGGUGUUGGAGGCGCUGGUCGCUGGGGUGCCGAUGGUGGCGUGGCCCCUGUACGCGGAACAGAGGUUUAACAGGGUGAUGAUGGUGGUGGAAAUGAAGAUUGCGUUGUGGAUGCGCGAGUCGUCGUCGUCGGAGGGUGGAUGGGUUGAGGCGGUGGAAGUGGAAGAGCGAGUCACUGAGUUGAUGGAAUCGGAGAAAGGUCAGUUGGUUAGGAAGCGAGUUGAGGCUUUGAAUGAUGGAGCUGAAGCUGCGUCGAGAGACGGAGGGACUUCGCGAGUUGCGUUAGCUAAACUUAAUUUCAUAAAAUCCCACAUGGUAGCUGAGGGAAAUUGGAAGAAGCGCUGCGAUGAUCACGGUAUAAUGCAGAAUGAGUUGCAAUAUUGGGUCAACAUAUUCAAAGACACUUGCGUUGAUUUUUCAUCUUGGUGGAAACUUUUGAGCCUCGAUGAUAAGGCAUUAGUAGAUUUGGUUGAUGAUAGUGAAGUUGAUAAUCUUUUUCAGUAUAAUGACACUAGUGCACAUGUGUAUCUAGCAUUGAAGGAGAGUACACCGGAAGUAAUGGAUGAUCCACAAAUCAUUGACAACUACUUGGGAUUGUCACAACAAAUGUGUUUUUUGUCAAGUAGGGAGAAUAAUAUGGACGGAACAGUUUGUGAUGAAAAUGGGGGUGACUGUGUAAGAGAAGGCGGUGGGGGAUGUCAUGUGAGGCUAGUAAGUACAGUAGAGAUUGCACCAACACCAAUGCCCGAGAUGAAUGCUGUGAAGUGGAAGGAAUUGUUGUUAGGAAAGAAGCAAACUUUUGCAAAUGCCACAGAAUUCAGAAAGGCAGUAUAUAAGUUUAGUAUUGCAGAAAACUUCGAGUACAAAUAUGUCAAAAAUUGUGAGGAAUGUGUGCAUGUGAAAUGCAAAGUUGAAGGUUGUCCUUGA